CAGGACGAGCCGCUGAUUGGCCCAACGGCAGAGCGGUGGCCCCGCCCUGCGUGAUGCGGUCACGGUGCCGCCGCCGCGCCCUCUCACCGCGGUUUGAAUGUGAAGCGCAGCCGGGGCUGUCGGAUCCGUCACCGCCGCUGCCGCCGCUGGAGGGAGUCGCCAGGUUCUGCCAAAAUGGAGCUGAGUGAUGCCAAUUUACAGACUUUAACUGAGUAUCUAAAGAAAACACUAGAUCCGGAUCCUGCUAUAAGGCGUCCCGCGGAGAAGUUUCUGGAGUCAGUUGAAGGAAGCCAGAAUUACCCGCUGUUGCUCUUAACGCUGCUGGAGAAGUCACAGGAAAACGUCAUCAAAGUUUGUGCAUCUGUAACGUUCAAGAAUUAUAUUAAAAGGAACUGGAGAAUUGUUGAGGAUGAACCGAACAAAAUAUGUGAAUCGGACAGGAUAGCCAUUAAAGCCAACAUAGUGCCCCUGAUGCUGAGCAGCCCAGAACAAAUUCAAAAGCAGUUAAGCGAUGCCAUUAGUAUUAUUGGUCGGGAGGACUUUCCUCAGAAGUGGCCAGACUUGCUGACGGAAAUGGUGAAUCGCUUUCAGAGCGGAGAUUUCCACGUCAUUAACGGGGUCCUUCGCACCGCUCACUCUUUAUUCAAAAGGUACCGACAUGAAUUUAAGUCAAAUGAAUUAUGGACAGAGAUCAAACUUGUCCUCGAUGCUUUUGCUUUGCCCUUGACAAAUCUCUUUAAGGCAACUAUUGAACUGUGCAGCACACACGCAAAUGAUGCUAGCGCUUUGAAGGUUCUCUUUUCUUCUCUCAUUCUAAUUGCGAAGCUGUUCUACAGUUUAAAUUUUCAGGAUCUUCCUGAGUUUUUUGAAGACAACAUGGAAACAUGGAUGACAAAUUUUCAUACUCUUUUAACCUUAGAUAAUAAGCUUUUACAGACCGAUGAUGAAGAGGAAGCUGGAUUACUGGAGCUCUUGAAAUCCCAAAUCUGUGAUAAUGCUGCUUUAUAUGCCCAAAAAUAUGAUGAAGAAUUCCAGCCCUACCUGCCACGUUUCGUAACAGCGAUCUGGAAUCUGUUGGUCACAACAGGCCAGGAAGUGAAAUAUGACUUGCUGGUUAGUAAUGCAAUCCAGUUUCUGGCCUCGGUUUGUGAGAGACCGCAUUACAAGCAUCUGUUUGAAGACCAGAAUACACUGACAAGCAUCUGUGAAAAAGUUAUUGUUCCCAAUAUGGAAUUUAGAGCGGCUGAUGAAGAAGCUUUUGAAGAUAAUUCAGAAGAAUAUAUAAGAAGGGAUUUGGAAGGAUCAGAUAUUGACACCAGGCGCAGAGCAGCUUGUGAUCUAGUCAGAGGCUUGUGCAAAUUUUUCGAAGGACCUGUGACCGGGAUUUUUUCUGGCUAUGUUAAUUCUAUGCUGCAAGAGUAUGCAAAGAAUCCAUCUGUUAACUGGAAGCACAAAGAUGCAGCCAUUUACCUUGUUACGUCUUUGGCAUCCAAAGCUCAGACACAGAAGCACGGAAUAACACAAGCCAAUGAACUUGUUAAUCUGACAGAAUUCUUUGUGAAUCACAUUCAACCUGACUUAAAAUCUGCUAAUGUGAAUGAAUUCCCUGUGCUGAAAGCAGAUGGGAUCAAAUACAUCAUGAUUUUUAGAAAUCAAGUACCUAAAGAACAACUGUUGGUAUCUAUUCCUCUCUUAAUCAAUCAUCUUCAAGCAGAAAGCAUUGUGGUCCAUACGUACGCAGCCCAUGCUCUUGAAAGACUGUUUACCAUGCGGGGGACAAAUAAUACUACCCUCAUUACAGCUGCAGAAAUGGCACCGUUUGUAGAAGUGCUGUUAACGAACCUUUUUAAAGCGCUGACACUCCCUGGCUCAUCUGAAAAUGAGUACAUUAUGAAAGCCAUCAUGAGGAGUUUUUCUCUGCUACAAGAAUCCAUAAUUCCGUACAUCCCGUCUGUCAUCACCCAGCUCACCCAGAAGCUGCUGGCUGUCAGCAAGAAUCCAAGCAAACCUCACUUUAACCAUUACAUGUUUGAAUCAAUAUGCUUGUCGAUAAGGAUAACGUGCAAAGCAAACCCUGAUGCAGUUGGAAGCUUUGAAGAGGCUUUGUUUAUGGUGUUCACUGAGAUACUACAGAAUGACGUGCAAGAGUUCAUUCCAUAUGUGUUUCAAGUGAUGUCCCUACUUCUAGAAAUGCAUAAAAAUGAAAUCCCGACAUCCUAUAUGGCGUUGUUUCCUCAUCUACUCCAGCCAGUGUUAUGGGAAAGGACAGGAAACAUUCCUCCCUUGGUGCGACUGCUGCAGGCGUAUUUAGAGCGGGGUGCCAAUACAAUAGCAAGUGCUGCUGCUGACAAAAUCCCCGGGCUGUUAGGUGUGUUCCAGAAGCUGAUUGCCUCCAAAGCUAAUGACCAUCAAGGAUUCUAUCUUCUAAACAGUAUUAUAGAGCAUAUGCCUCCUGAAUCGGUUGCCCAGUACAGGAAACAGAUCUUCAUUCUGCUAUUCCAAAGACUUCAAAAUUCCAAAACAACAAAGUUUAUUAAAAGUUUCCUAGUCUUCAUUAACUUGUACUGCAUCAAGUAUGGGGCACUAGCUCUGCAGGAAAUAUUCGACAGCAUACAGCCAAAGAUGUUUGGAAUGGUUCUGGAGAAAAUCAUAAUUCCCGAAAUCCAGAAAGUGUCAGGACAAGUUGAAAAGAAAAUCUGUGCUGUUGGCAUUACAAAAAUCCUGACAGAAUGUCCCCCGAUGAUGGACACGGAGUACACCAAGCUGUGGACUCCUUUGCUGCAGGCCCUCAUUGGCCUCUUUGAGCUGCCCGAGGACGACACUAUCCCUGACGAGGAGCACUUCAUCGACAUAGAGGACACCCCCGGGUAUCAGACCGCGUUCUCUCAGCUUGCCUUCGCUGGGAAAAAAGAACACGAUCCUGUAGGUCAAAUGGUGAACAACCCGAGGAUCCAUCUGGCCCAGUCUCUCCACAAGCUGUCCACAGCGUGCCCAGGCAGGGUUCCAUCGAUGCUGAGCACCAGUCUGAAUGCAGAAGCGUUGCAGUAUCUCCAAGGAUACCUCCAGGCCGCGAGUGUCACGCUGCUCUGAAUCGCAUUUAUUCCACAAGCAAGAUCUAAAGCUGGUUUGUUAUACAGAAGGUUGACGCUGACUUUUUUAUAGCAGAGCUCAGACAAAAUGAAAAAUGCUAUUUGGAAAUGUAUUGCAGAAUCCAUCUUGUGAAAGAUAAAUGUGGCUUUACGCAGAAACUGAGAGAAUGUGGUGGUUUGUGUACUCAUAAAGGUGGCUAACUUCCAUUCCCAGGUCAGCUUCAAAGGGAAUAGUCGUAGUGGUUUGUUAUGGGAUCGAUUUGAAAUCUCCAUCUGCGGUGUUUGGAUAACGUUUUGAAAUGUAUGGAGAGCACUGGCUGUAGAAACUCACUUUGGUCACUAAUACUCCUUUUCAUUUUGAUGUUGUCCUUUGUAUUUCUUUUGUCUUUCCUUAAACUUUAUCUAAAUUGUGAAUAAAUAAGAAGUACUUGUUUAAAA